AACUAAAAUAUUGCCUUGUAUGUUAAUGAUAUUUUACAUUCAAUUCAUGCAAAAACAAUCAAUGAUAUGUUAGAAUAAGCCAACAAAACACAAUGCAGUUUCUUUUCUCCUAAAAAUAUUAUAUUGCAAAGAUAUGGUCCCCAUUACAUUACAAAUUACAAUUUCAUUACAAUGUCGUUACAAAGUCAACCGGUAAAACAGCGUUAGCAAAAAUUUAGAAUUUGUAAGUAAAUUUUGAAAAGCUGCAUUUUUAAAUUCCCUGUUGUAAAAUUUAAGCCCUUUGCUCCGGGCGUGCUCCAAAGAAGACGACCAAAACUUUUUUAGAAGCUGCGAAAAUUCUAACAAACACUAGGUUUAUUCUAAAACACAGAGAGGUGUUAGAGGUGUUAUUGUGCCAACAAGAGAAUCCAGUUUGUGGUUUGAUUGGAAAGAGAAAAAUUUCGCAUUCUUGUGUAUGAUGAUCCUUGAUGCGGUGCAAAGUUGACAAGAUAGGGCCUGACAAGGAAAAGGGAAGUCGAGACGGAAGAGCAAAAAGGUAUUUUCUACAAGUCACGUGAUACCUUUAAUUUGGACUUUCACAUUGCAAUAUGGUGGACAACAUCAUGGUAAAAUGUUUGUAACAAAUUUCAUGUCAAUGCAAACGAGAAUAUGAUAUUUUCAUAUGUUAGAAUCGAAGUUCCUCUUAAAUGAGAGGAUCAUUGUUUCAGUCUAAAUGAUAUUGAUGAAUGAUAGCUGCCUUACAAAGAGAGAAGAAUUUAGGCCUACAAAAACAGAGUAAAACAUGCUGUGAAACACAGACUGGAUAAUGGAAAUCCCAGCAAUGGCAACGCAUAAAAGGCAAGAUUUCAAAGUUGGAAACAACAAUGCAGCAGAAAAAGAAGGUCAUGGUGGAUCUCCUGGCACUACAAGGCCAAUCAGGAAACCACCACCUCCAACUAGGCCCAAACCAGCAGUGCCUCAAAAGCCCUUAAAAAUUACUGCAAAGCCUGACACAGACAAAAAGGCAUCACUGAAAAGACAGAUAUCUGGACCUAAACCCAAACUCCCUGCAAGACCACCCUCUUUAAAAAGGAAUUCGUUAAUAACAGAAAAAACCAUUAGUGAUACAAGAAAUGAAACCACUCCUCUAGGAAAUAGAGAGACAAAAAGAGACAUUGAAAAUGGGACAGUUAAAGUAGCUCCGUCAUUUCCAAGAAGAAUGAGUGGGCCAGUUCCUCAGAAGCCUGUCAGAAAUGAUAUUGAAAAACUCCAGCGAGUUCUGUUCAGGAGAAGGCGAACAUUGUUCCAAAACCAUUGCCCAAGCCUAAGGGUCAAAGCACGAACAGCCCGGAAAUGUCAAGACCUGUUCCUCCACCAAGGAAAAAGAAAAAUGGCACACCAAUCCUUUGUGAACAAGAAGAGAGGAGUCAGGAUCAAACCACGAAAACCAAUUUAGAUGCUGAAAAAUCUACAUUGCUUCUAGGAGAUGAAUGUAAAAAUGAAAUUAGAAGGCAGGAGUGCAAGAUAGAUCAUUUGGAAAACAGUGUCAAGCUCUCUAAUGAUGCUCAAGAACAAGUUAUUUCUGAAAACCAACCAAAAGCUGAGAUAACAGAGGCUGUUACUGCAGAAGUGAACAAGGAAAGCAUCGAAUCGUUUGCAGGAACUAAUGGUGUAGGCGUGCAGAUCGCUACCACGGAACAAAAUUCUAAUGUAAACAAUACGAAGCCGGUCAGAGGUAAUCCAUAUGAAAACGUUUCAAUCAUCGAUAGAGUUGAAAACUCUUCAGAACCUAAAGUAAAAUAUACAUCUGAAUCCCCUUCUCGUGAACGCAAAAAUAGACCUUUAACCAAUCCAUACGAAAAUGUCCCAAGUCCUUUCAAGUUAGACCACUCUUCUGUUGAGAAUUCUUCUUUCGAUGAAGAAAAAGAACCUUCUUUCGAUGAAUCAUCUUCAAAUAGAUCAUGGCAAAGAACGAACAUUGAAGACGGAGACACAGAUAAACAAUUUAUAGAUGAAAAAGGACUAGGCGAAGAUAAAGAACAUGAUUACAUCAACGCCAGUCUUCAUUUAGAAGAUAAAAAUCGUAGCUUGGUUGAAUCUCACGCUGAUGUAGAAGCUCUAAGCACUGAUUUGGUUGAUCAUGGUUUUGUACCACUUGAAGAUCCAGAUUCAAAUUUUUCAACAGAUCAGAAUCCGAUGGAUUUUAAACAUUUAAGAAUUGACGGUGAAGAAAAAAUUGAUGAUGCUCUUUAUGUCGAAGUUCCGAGAAAAGGCUCUCUUAAUAGUCUUCCGAGUAACGAGUUACCCACACAGUCCUCUCCUCGGGUAGAGGCCCUUUCGCAGGAGUCUUACUACCAAAGCCCGACCUCCUCCCCUAAACCAAUAGCUAGACGUGCUCUGUUUGCAGAAGCAACCCCCUCAGACUCCCCCCAAAAAAGACUUCGUCGCCCUCCCCCUCAACCACCACAUUUGGAUAAUAAUUUCAAUGUCUUGCGCUCUAAGGCUAGGCCUAACGAGGCCAGAUCGUCUCCCCUGUCUGAAAUUUCAAAGCCUGUUUCGAAAGAGUUGUCUUCAAGUGUUCCGGACGAUAAUAUCUAUGUCGUCCCAAGAACGGAAUCAUACAGUAACAGUUCCGGUGGGGACACUGAAUCGACAAAAUCAUUUCAAUCCGCCCGAUUAUCUGAUCCGGAUGAUUUUUCAAGUCACGUUUACAAAGAACCGAGUGUCCAUUCAAAUGAGUCUGGAGGGGGUACUGGGUAUGGGAACUUGAGCGAUAGCCAGGAAGACAACGAUAGGCAAGCCUAUAACGUACCAGGCCAUGGCCCGGACGAUUACGUCGAUCCUGACAAUUUUCGACCCGGAUCUAUUUCAUUGCCACAAGGCGCCAAUCUACUUGGCAGUACUAGUGAAAGCGAUUCCGCUGGUAGUGCCAGGAGCAGCGCAGGUCUGAAUAUUGGAAGCGAACUAGAAACGAGCCACUCUGAUGAUGGAUACGAGUGCGUCGAAAAGAUUUCUCUAAUGAAAAAUACAUCCCAUGGAGAUACAUUGGGGUACCAAAGUGGUCCAGAGUAUGUUGACAUGUCACCAGCAAAAGAUGACAAGAUAUCCAGUUUAGCUGGCGAAUAUUUACAGCCGUUGACACCACCAAAUAAACCUCCGCCAAAGAAAGUAAAACCCUGCAGACCCGCCCCACCAGCCCCAAAUCGCCUACCAAGAAGACCAGAGAAUUCCCCAGCACCGCCUCCUGUUCCAACACUAGCUGUCCCAGAUGACGAGAUAUCGAAAUUUGAUUCACUUGAUGGACGCUACCAAAGAAUUCAAUCACUGCGCCGUGAAAUGGGUCUCCCAUUAAUGCUCAAAGGUGAUGAGUUUUUGGAUUCUGAGUCAGAAUCAGACGAAGAACUGAAACCAAACGAAGAUGAAGAAAAGAAAAAAAGUUCAAAAGAGGAAGAAAACAAACAAUACAGCAAGCUUUAUCACAUCGCGAAUGAAAUUUUGACCACGGAGAGGACUUUUGUUAAUGCUUUAAGAUUGGUUUGUGGCGAGUUUGCUGCCGCUGUAAAGCAGAUGAUGGCAAAGGACCCCGCCUCUUUGCCGAAAAGCUCAUUUUCCCAAAUGUUUGAUGACAUUGAGUUGAUCUAUGAUUUUGACCAGAAUUUCCUUCAAGACCUCGAAAACCGGAUGACUGAUUGGGACUCACAUAAGAGAAUUGGCGAUAUUGUGAGAAAGUACAGCUACUUUUUGAAGAUGUAUACAAAUUACAUUAAAGGCUACGAUAAAGCAAUGACCAUGUUCCAAGAAUGCUGCCAUAAGUUUCCGAAAUUUGCUGCUAUUGUCAAAGAAUAUGAGAGAAAACCAUCUUUCUUAAACUUGAAAAUUACGUCAUUUAUGCUUAAGCCGAUUCAACGGAUACCCAGCUAUCGCCUCCUUCUUAUUGAUUAUCUCAAACACCUUCCAGAGGAGAGUGAGGACCACAAAGAUAUCAACCAUGGAUUGCAGAUUGUCUCACAAGUAGCAAAUCACAUUAAUGAGAGUAUGAAAGAAGGGGACAAGUUUCAAACCAUGUUAAAACUUCAAACGAGAAUUAUAAACAGCAAAGAGAUCGUUAAGCCAGGAAGGUACCUCCUCAAAGAAGGAAUUCUCAACAAACUCAGUCGGAAAGAAGCGCAAGAAAGAAUGUUUUUUCUGCUUACUGAUUGUUUGUUGUACUGUGAACACGCAGCAGUCAGUAACCAAUACAAAUUAAGGCAAGAAUUGCCACUCGCUGGAAUGAUGCUCGAUGUUCCAGAAAGCAUCGAUUUCAACAAGGAGCUAACUAUUAUCAGUCCAAAACGGUCUUUCACUGUUGUUGCAAGUUCUAAGGAGGAGCGAGAUGAAUGGGUAGCGGCCAUUCAAUCUGCCAUCGAUGAUGUUUCACGAAAAAUUGGUACUUUUACAAUCAAACUGGAGCAUGGAGAAAAAUUUCCAACCUCCUUGGGGAGUCCGGUGAAAGAAAUUGGACAUAUAGCUCCUAACUGGGUACCAGACUCCCGAGCUACGAUGUGUUGUAUAUGUCUGGCGAAGUUUACAACUUAUAAUCGACGUCAUCAUUGCAGGGCUUGUGGAGAGAUCGUUUGUAACUCUUGUUCAUCAUAUGAAGCACCACUACCUUACCUAAACUUUGAUGCCGCCAGAGUUUGCGAGAAGUGUUACAAACACCUUUAUGAAACUUUGCUGAUCGAUGAAGAAGUUGAUGGGAAUACUCUGACUGAGAAAGAGCAGAAAAAGGAAUCAAAGCUGAAACGAUCCAAGUCAGCAAUGUCGUCGAAGUUCAAGGUUAUUAGGAAAACUAAAAAAAUCGACCGAACUAUACGGAAAACUUUGCCUUCGAAACUCACCGAGGUUACUGCGCAGGAUCAAGAAUGCAAUAUUUCUGGCUAUUUAUUCAUCGUGAAGAAAAAGAAAACGAAGAAACGUUGGUUUGUGCUGAAAGACAAUGCACUUUACUCUUACAAAGCACCUUCGGAUAUGGCAGCUAAUUCAACUUUGGCAGUUCUUGGUUACAAUGUAAACGUCACAGGGAAUUUUGCUUUGGGUGACUACGUGUUUCAGCUGGAGCACAGUGGUCUUAAAGAACCUUAUGUCUACAAGGCCGAAAGCCAAGCAUCUGCUGAAAUGUGGGUUAAUGCUCUUAAAAAGUCAUCCCAAUUACCUGACGUUUAGAUGAAGAUGAAAACCGUAUGCAAUUACUAAUUCAAAUAUUAAUUUAUAUUGAUACUAAAGUAUAUUUUCAUUAGUUUUUAUUUUCAUGGGAAUUAGAGGGUCGCCCAUUUAUUGAUAUUUAAAUCAAUAGAAUAUAGUUCACUGUUCUGGUACACACAUUUAUAUUCCUUAGGAGAUAUUGAAAACACACUAAGUAUAUAAAUUAAGAACCAGUCCAAUUAAUACUCGGAAUUCGCCAAGAGUCUUUUUGAGUAGCUGGCUCGAUGCUAUGGGUAGCUUGCUCGAUACUACCGUAAAAGAGAAAUGUACCACCUUUGCCCCAGUUUCUGUCACAAUUUUUUGUAGCCACCAGUACCAGGACAGUGGACAAAAUUUUCAGCAUACAAUUUUUACACCCUAUGGGUAUAUUUUUCAAUUCGGUUUUAAAAAUUUCAGUUCAUCAGAGAAAUUAUCAGCAUUUAGAUAUCAAGUAACCUGAUGCUCGUUUGCAAUUAAUUCCUUAUUUUAAAGUACAGAUCGUAUUUUUUUCAGUUACUAUAAUGCCAUUUCUUCUUUUAUUUUCAUAUUAUUUUGUAAAUAAGCAGAGCCACAACGUUUGAAUGUGCUUUGUUUUUAAGUGAGUAGUUUCUAAAAUUUUCUUCAAUAAAAUCAUUGAUAAUUCACAAGCUGAACUGCAAUCUUUUUGAGAGAGCAUUUUGUAAAAUUCGGGAACAGGAUGAAAAUGGAUGCCGAGACAAUGAUAAAGCCAUUGCGAAUAGUAUGACUUCCUCUUUAUAUUGAAAUAAAUUAAUUUUACUUACCAAGAAGGAUUUCUAACACCUUCUCUCAAAGUUUCUUUUCAUAAAACUUACUUUCAGUACUUUUUCCAGACAUGAUUUGUUUUUUGUUCAAGGAUUAAAGGAUAAGCACCGUGAAAUAUUUUUGCUCUUUUUGAAACUGUUAAUCAAAUAUUAAAACAAAAGUACUGGUUCUGUGUCAUCAGAAAUGUCCAAGUGUCAUCAGAAAUGUUCAUACAUACCUCUUGACCUCUUUUCUUGAAUGUUCCUGGCAAAUGUGUCCCUCUGCUACUCCAGGUAAUACCUACUAUAGUCUUAGCUGAAGUUUCGCUCGGAAGUAAUACCCUUUUGCUAUGCAUGUCCCAGUUCGUUGAGUAUGCUUAAUGUAUCCCAUAGUAUCAAAUUUAGAUGAUUUUGUCAAUUAAAGUUCGCCAUGAGAUUACAAGUUUUUUAUUUGUCUCUAGAUUUCAGACCCAAAACAUGCACAAACUCUGUCCUUCUCGAGAUUUAAUGAUUAAUGGCGAGGCACUUUUCAGAAAUAUGUACUUCUCCUAAAUACGUUAACACUUUUUUCAGUAUGUUAAGUGUCCCAACGAUGCUCUUUAAUUUUGCCAGCAUUGUCUUCUAACUAAGUAUGUUAAAACAUUCAAGGUAUUUCACUGUAUGCUGAUGUAAAAUCUGAAGCUUAGGAGCAUUGAUAAGAAUUAAAUUUAAAUCUAGUUUUCUAUUGAUCGUAAAUAUUUUUGCCAGUUUCGUGAAUCGUUUAAAUAAAUUUAAGGUAAAGUUUUGAUGCAGAUAAAUUUGCUGUUAAUAUUUUUCAAUAAAAUUUUGUACUAGAAUUUGUUAAUUCUUUCAUGGGAUUUUUUUUCCUUGAAUCGAAGAAAAUUUUUUUCAAAUUUGAGCAUGCUUAGUAUUUGUUCUUACUUUUUUUGAAGGUCAUGCAUAAAAAUGAUUUUCGGAAAAAAAGAACUUUCACUCGUGUUUGAAUUUUCUUAAAGUGCAUAUAAUGCCAAAUGAUCAUAGCCCCUUACCCCUUUUUUUAAAAAAUCAAUUUCAUUGUAUCAUAUCAUUGGAAAGGAUAUUUACUGCUAACAUGUUCCCUUACAACUUGAAU